GUAUAGUUCAAGGGUUGAUUGUGAAUAAACGUUUAGUUCUCGCGUUUAGCUUAUCGUAUGUCUAUCCUAUGGUUUGAUAGCAUAAGCACUCAGCACGUUCCAAUCAAGAGACUUGGAGAUGACAUGGUUUCAGUCAAAAGGCGAAAGAAUUGCAGGCCAACUCUUUUUUCUAAUAAAUCUCAGAUCGUUCAGUCUUCUGGCUCUUGUCAUGUUUCUCAUAGUCCUUAUGUUUUCGUUCCAUCUAUCCGAAAAUUACGAGAAAAUAUUUUGAAUGCCUAUGUGGUUAAAGAAACAGAGAUGAUAGCGUUCUUCCAUUUGUUGGAGGAUGCCACGAUCAAAAAGUUUCUUGCUUUUGAUAUGUGCUUUAAAUAUGCAGAUAAUUUCGCGAUCGCUUGUGUUUUCGCUUACUUCAAAAGAUGUAAUCUGUCAGCCGAAGAAUAUAAUAAAAUGAAUUUUUUUUGCUGCUUAUAUCUUGUGCACGAUAUAGAAGAAGAUGAUGAGGACUAUAAAUAUGAAAUCUUUCCUUGGGCUCUUGGGUCAUUUUGGCACCACAAAAUGUCUGUCUUUUCUCGACAAAAAGAGGCUUUAUGGGCUAGGAUGAAUUAUCGAGCUGUGGUUAGUUAUCGAUGUUGCAAAGAAGUACGUUCAGCUCUCUUAUUCACUCUGAUGAAGCUAAUGAGUAUUUUUCCAUCUCAUCCUGUUUGGAGCCGAAAUAGACUUCCGCAUCAUGGAGGAGCUACUCGAUCCUAUCUAAAGACGUCUGAUUCAAAUAUUCCUAAAGGACCUAAGUCUCGUCCAAGACUUUGUGACGCUUGCAAAAUGUUCUACACAAAGGAUAAUGUUCCGGAAUGCAUAAUGGCAAGCAAAAACCUCCUUACUCCAGAGGGUUCUACAAACCUAAAUGACUCAGCUUUUCAUAGUUUAUUUGAAGACGAUUCAUGCAGCAACUUUGGAAACAAGAAUGGAUCAAACCUAAAUACUGGGUUACAAUUUCAUAGUUCAUGCGAUGAUGAAAGUUGGCUUUCUCAAGAAACAUACUGCCAUGAGAGAAUUAUUUCUGGCCCUGAGAAUGGAUAUGGCCUAAUGGACGAAGAAUGAGAAAAAAAAAGAAAAUCGACCAAAGAUACAAUUAGCAGUUUUACAAAUGUACGAUCAUGUAAAUAAUUUGUAUAUGCCACACAUUGAAGAAUAUUAAAUAGAUAAUUUGAAAACUUUGAAAUUAACAAUGCCAAACAAGCUAUUUUUUCCUUGCCAACUCAUAUGAAGAAGAACAAAGAAACCUAUUUUUAAAAUACAGAAGAUUCCGCUGAAUGGAA